CGCAAGGAGCAGAGAAUGUCCAAAGGAUCUUCCUCAAGCAUCUUGUUCAGGAUGUCUGCAAUAUAGAAGGCCUUCCCUCCACGCCGCCACUUAUACCAGCCAGGCAACUUGCGACAAGGAUGGCGCACCCGAAAACGCCCGACUUGGUGCGUGAACUUCAUGGCGAUCUCAAGCGGAAGUAUCAGCAGCACGGCGCCAGAAUCGAGGCAAUAUGGCGGUCAUUGAACAGGGCUCAACGAGAACGCUGCAUCAAAGCGGGCGCCAUGGACGGCGUCGUCCUGGCCCACUCUCUGGACCAAUCUCUUGGGAAUGUCUGCAAGUUCAUCCCGGAGUGGAAUCUGAGGGACUUGGCAAAACCCGGGUCGGACUUCCUUCUGCACCUUCUCAAGCACCGGUCGACGACCUCUCUCCACGAGCAAUACUGGGAAGGUAUCGCGGGUGGGCCUGGUGAUCACCAGCUCAUCAGCGAAAUGAUGCGCACGAGAGGCCUCCGCCAUGUCGAUUCGUUCAAGGAUUGUUACACUAUGUUUCUGGCUGACGAACAAUAUGGCUUCUCUUUCGAGGUCGUAGAAGAGAAGGACAAAGUCAUGGCUACUCUCACACCCGCCAUUCAGGCGGGCUCUGUCGUCCCUCAGGCGACCGGAGAGCUAGUCCUACAGAGACAAUUGUAUACGUUGACGUCGCUGGUCAUAGUCAUUGACGACAUCCUGGAAGAAGGCUCCAAGACCAGAGCAAACAAAGCGCUGCCAAAGAAGCCCGACAUGGCUGCUACAGCUGCCCUCGCCAAGAUGUCGAUUCAACCAUCGGCCCCAAGGAAGCUCCAACUCUCCGAUAUUGUCGUCAGUGCCAGGGAUCAGAGAGCCUCUAUCGAAGAAUACCUUCGCCUUCUGUCCACAGAGCCAGUUGUCCUCACUCAUGUGGUGAACUUCUGGUUCUACAGCCGACCAGAACUCGUGCCCGACGAGAAGGGGCGCAUCAUACCUGUUUUAACCGGCAAGUACCUUAGCGCCGCGGUGUUCGAUGCAGUUCACAGCCUCGUCAAAGGCGCCGCCGUCUGGACGUACAUAGGCCGCCUGCUCGACCUCCUCAGCGACCCGAACAUGGACAGGGUUUGGCGUGGAAUUGUACUGCAGGAGGUUUCCAACAUCUGCCAUUUGGAGUAUGGCCGGGCGCGCUCGCAAUUCAGGCGUAGCGUCCAGCCCCGCAUCGGUGCCAAGUGGUUCAAACGGAGCUCCAACGCAUAUGACCGAGCCGGCAACGCUCGUGUUAGCAUGAAGGGAUCCCCGGAAGACCUGACCCGCGCCGAUCCACAACUUCAUUACGUGCUCCGCCUCUGCCAGGACACGACCGAUGCCUCCAAAGCGGUCGACUGGAUCACGAAGUUGACCGAGUUGCACGAAGCCCACCCCGAAGAGCGGAAGAGACUGUCCAACGAGGAAGCCGACGCUCUUUCUGAUCUCGCCGCCAUUAUCGGAUUCACCUGGGAGGUCUCGCCCGCGAUCUCGAUGCCUCCUCUGUCACGCAAGAAGGGCCAGCUAUUUGUUUCGCGAUCCCAGGACCUCGAGGCGGAGCUCAACAUGGCCAGAAAGGAGGUCGAUCUUCGUGACUAUGUACUUCCCAUCGACAACCUCCUGGAGCCCGGAGUGGCGAAGGCAGCCCUGGGAGCGCUUGAUCAGUUCGUCGUCGACAAAACUGGCACCAAAAUGGGAUUUCUGUACCAGGAUCUGAUCGAGGAAUGCUUGUCGGAUCUGCAGAACCAAUACCAGCAUAUCAAGGCCCAGACGGAUACGAAAAAGAGUACACCUAUGCCGGCGCCGACACUGCAGCCGACGGAGAAGCUAGUGGAAGAGCGGAAGCAAAAAGAGAAGACGCGACCUUCGGCUACCUGCGCCUUCGAGCUCGUGGCCACUCCUGAGCCGUCACCCCCUCCGCCAGCGUCACCAUUAAAAGUGGCAUCCUCAACAGCUGAAGUUUUUCUGACCUUUUUCAAUAAGUCAGAGUCACGCGGCUCAGUGAGUUGGGCUGCUUUCGAAGCGGCCAUGAGCGAUCUUGGCUUCUCCGUCUUGCCCAAAUUCGGUUCCGUCUACACGUUCCAACCGCCCGAGGGAAUGGAGAUACAGAGGCCGCUGACGCUGCACCGACCACACAAAUCUCACGUCGAGGGGUACAUGAUCCUAGUCCUGGCGCGAAGGUUGAACAGGGCGUAUGGAUGGGACCAAAGUACUUUCGAGGUGGCGUGAGCCGAAAAUUGACGCCAUAAAGGAAAAGCCGGCGUCCAUGACCCAAGGCUAGGAGUGGCGGCGUCCACUGCUAGUCGGCACAGCGUAGCCGAAUUUUGACGGCGAUAUGUCAUUGGGUUGAAAGUGCAAUGUCCGGCAGGGUGUGGCCUGACAGCCAUGGAUCACCAAUCAACAACGGCUGCUAGCUGGCACCCACUAAAAUGCGGGCUGCAUGUAUUCGUUUUGGAGUUGUGAUAUUAUCCCACGACACCCCAGAUGUUGACUCUCUGCUUCAAUGUACCCGGAGUACUGGCCCAGAACCAUUUUAGACAACUGGAACGAGGUAGCCACGGGGCCUGAUCAAAUGCUUAUGUGCUUCCGGGACGCUUGCGGCGAACUCUGAGACGGCUGGAUUGGGGUCAGUCUGGCAGACAUGCCCGGCAUUUCAUCUGUUCGGGCCUAGGCCGACUGGGGACAACGCCGGAAGCUCCCGGGUGGCACAUCGCCAGUGGGUGGCUUGGGGCAUCUGAUAACGGCCUGUCUCAUUGGUAGGUGAUCUGCCGGUGGUUCGCCGCUAUAUGAUAGAAAGGAUGAGGGUAUAUCGAACCGGUCACAUUCAAGGGGCGCGCGGGUAACGGCCAGGGAGCCAUUCAAGAGGCUCGUUUGUAUAUAAAGCUACUCCACCGUCUGGAUUCACCCGGAUUCGGACCGGAAGAAGCCAUUGCUCACAUGGCAGAGCGUGUGGAAUACGGCAUUGCCAUCCCACUAUGAGCCCUCUACGCGUCGCUUUUAAUAUGGACAGUGGUUCAGCUAUCAUCGGGAUUGGUC